GUGAAUCAAUGUUUACGACGGUCGCCUGAAGAUAAGCAUUGUAAAGAACUUUUGUUUUUUUCAAAACACCGUGUUUUAAUUUUGCUUCAAGAAUAGAACGAUUAUUUACCUUCGAAAAAUCAAUUGAGAAAACGUUUUUUAGAUACACGAAGUUGCUUACUAUGAACUGAACCCGGGUUACAAUUGUGAUCAUUAUGAAUUCAAAUUUAACGCCAUAUUGCCAACCCGGACCGUCGACGUCGAAAAGUGAUGAUCAAAAACCACCAACGAAUGUGGAUGAACAAAUCCAUUUCCCUCCUUAUCAUUACGAAAUGGUUGCAGCAGAACCUUCCACAUCUUCCGGACAAUCACUCACGUUUCCGUUGCCCUUGUCUGUCUGGUCGAACACCCCAAAUUUUCCUACAUACAUGUCGAUGGCUGUAAACGCUGAACAACCCUCAUAUAUAUAUCCAACGACUUCGAGCUUAAGAUUGCCAUCUACUGAACAAAUACCUCCAAAUUGUUUGGAUUGGACCAUUAAUCCUAUUAAAGCUCCUCCUCCGCAGUUUAAAACCACAUCAGAACCAUUAUUCACCUUAGGGUACAGUUCAACUAUAUCAGAAAAUUGGAUGGAGGGUGAUAAAGGACUUCAGUAUAGUAUUAAAAAUUUUAUGUUUUCAACAAAAAGAAUUAGAAAUUCAAAUGAAGCAUGUAGUGCCAGCCAAAUUCAUCAGUAUGACUCUUUGCUAAUAUCCAUUCCCCAGGCUCUAGAAGGAGAUUAUCAUUAUUAUGUUUGGCCUGCUUCACCCGUGUUGGCAUGGAUAAUAUGGGAACAUAGACUAGAAUUACCGGGCAAAAGAAUAUUAGAAGUUGGAUCCGGAACUUCUCUACCUGGUAUAGUGGCAGCUAAAUGUGGAGCUAUUGUUACGUUAACUGAUGACCCUUCUAUACCCGGAACUAUCAAGCACAUUCAAAAAUGUUGUUAUAUGAACAGCUUGUAUCCUGAACAAAUCAGAAUACUUGGAUUGCAAUGGGGAUACUUUUUCCGUGACCUUACAGAAAAAGUUGGAUCAUUUGAUCUCAUUAUUGGAUCAGAUUGUUUUUAUGAGCCAAAUUUGUAUGAGGACUUAAUAGUUACUGUAUCAUAUUUACUAGAUCGAAAUCCUUUGGCCAAGUUUAUGACCACAUAUCAUGAAAGAAACCCAGAAUUUAGAUUGGAAGAACUUGCUGCCAAAUGGAAACUUAAUUGUAUACAUAAAUCUUUAGAAGAUUUGGGACAAGACAAUGAAUUAGAUAUAUAUGAACUUAUGAAAGGUAACGAUAUUCAUUUAAUAGAAUUUACCAAAAAAAAAAUGAAAAAAAAAUGAAGCUCAAUAUUAGUUAAUUUAUAUCAAAAGAAGUAAUAUACUGAACUGCAUCCUACCUUUAGGUACAAUUUAUAAGAAACAUAUUAACAUUUGUUUUUUAAUG